AUGGGACCUCACAGUGAUUCGCAGCACCUGGAAAUGGACAGGUGCAGCGAGCCGGCGUUCCAGCGGCACACGGGGCCGGGAGGAGUCCAGGUCUCCUCCUGCGAGUGCUGCGUCCCUGCGCCCUUUCUGCCGGAUGCCCGGGACCCUCGGAGCCCAGUGAAGCAGCUCAGACCCGGCUGGCCAGCGCACCCGGAGCCAUGUCAGAACUUUGAGCAAGUCCUGGGGACAGGGACCGGCUGUCACCCGCCGGUCUUCCAGCCCGGUUUCAAGAUGCUGAGCCUGAAGCUGCCCAGGCUGCUCAACAUGGAGCAGGUGCCCCAGGUGUUCCAUGAGCAGGGCAUCCUCUUCGGCUACCGACAUCCACAGAGUUCCGCCACUGCCUGCCUCCUCAGCCUUUUUCAAAUGACCAAUGAGACCCUCAACAUCUGGACGCACUUGCUGCCCUUCUGGUUCUUCUCGUGGAGGUUUGUGAGCACCCUGCAAGCGACGGACAUCCUGAACGACAGCUACUCCUGGCCUCUGCUCGUGUACAUGGGCGCCAGCUGCUUGUUCCCCCUGGCAUCCAGCUGUGCACACACCUUCAGCUCCAUGUCCAGAAACGCCCGCCACAUAUGCUACUUCCUGGACUAUGGCGCCGUCAACCUCUUCAGCCUGGGCUGUGCCAUCGCCUACUCAGCCUAUGUUUUCCCGGACACGCUGGUGGGCACCACCUUCCAUGACUACUACCUGACCCUGGCCGUGCUGAACACCAUUGUUAGCAUCUGGCUCUCCUGCUAUUCCAGGUUUUUUGAGAUACAGAAGCCCGGGCUCUGCAAGAUGCUUCGUGUCCUGGCCUUUGCUUUUCCCUACACCUGGGACUCCCUUCCCAUCUUAUUCAGGGUAUUCUUGUUCCCCGGGGAAAGUGCAGAGAACGAAGCCACCUUGUACCACCAGAAGCACAUGGCCAUGACCCUCCUGGCCUCUUUCUUCUACUCUGCGCAUCUGCCAGAGCGCCUGGCCCCUGGACGCUUCGACUACAUCGGUCACAGUCACCAGCUGUUUCAUGUGUGUGUGAUCCUGGCCACGCACAUGCAGAUGGAAGCCAUCCUUCUGGACAAGACUCUGAGGAAGGAGUGGCUCCUGGCCCACUGCAGGCCCCUGUUGUUCGCCCAGAUAGCCGGAGCCAUACUUCUAUGCCUCAUCUUCAGCCUCAGCAACAUAGUUUAUUUCUCAUCUGCUCUGUAUCGGAUUCCCGAGCCGGAAUUACAUAAAAAGGAAACCUGA